AUGCCUAAUUUAGAGGCACCGUGUGUAGAGCUUGGUUCUGCCCCCCGCACUCCAAGUAUUAUUAUGUCACCAUCACCGUCUGAAGUUUCAAGUGCUAGUUCUCCAGAACCACAAAAUGUUCGAGCUACACCGCUUUUCAGAGUUUUAGCAUUACCUCCACCCGACCCAGAACAACCGCCUGGUCAAGACGAAUUGGAGCGCAGGCUACCUGGCUAUAGACGUAUUGUAAUACCGCGUGAAUCAACGCUCAUUGAACUGCUAAAACAAUGUAGCGGUGUAACAACUGACGAAGAAGUGCUAAGAAUUCGCGAAGCAAAAUUGCGGGUAGUUGCGGAGCGAGUUGGUUUGCGGAGGUUACAUGUUCUGGUUCCACAUUUACGAACAUUAAUUUUAGAUGGAAGCGCUAUGCAAUCAUUACGUGACCUUGGAAUUGGAUUAACCAAAUUAAAAUGUCUCAGCGUUAACCGCUGUGGUUUAAGCUCGUUGGAUGGAGUUUGGGGCUUAGGCUCUUUACGCGAGCUUCAUGCAGCUGGAAAUCGUCUUCAUGAUCUGCAUGCUUUGGCAGCUUUACAAAAAUUACACACUUUGGAUCUUUCUAAUAACCCUAUUGAACAAUCAAGUCGCAUUUGGACAUUGGGUGUAUGCGGUUCUUUGCGAAGGCUAACAUUGAGUGGAACUCCUUUAGCAGAUUCUAUGUACUAUCGCUCUCUUGUCGCAUCUGCAUUACCUAUGUUAAUUACUUUGGAUGGAAGAAUUUUGAAUUCGAAUGAAGAAGAUGACUGGAUUGAUGAAGUGCCAUCAGAUACAGAAAGCAUUGAAAGUUACUCUGAAACAAGUGACCAACAAUUAAAAAGUGACAGAAGGCAACAAGAUUCACCACAACCUGGUCCAUCGAAGGGAAAUAAAUUUCAAGAAUAUAAUGCUAUUGCUAACGAAGAGCAAUCUGAAGAACGCAAAAGCAUUACCCGGCGACGUCCGGCAACCACCGAAUGUGGAGGCGUGCGUGCUCGAUGUGAAGUACCGCGCCGCCCGAAGACUGCCGUGGAGCGAGUCGUCGACGGACCUACGAGACUCGAAAUUAUGAAUACAUUGAUGGAUGAAGAGUGGCGUUGUAGUGGAAGCAAACUGACAUCACACGGCGCUGUUUCUGGUAAUUUAGCGAGAGCUUUGCGAAGACCGAAACUUAACAGCUCAAUGGAGGUGGAAUUGGAAAUGGUCGAGAAGACAAUGGAAGAAGCAUGUCGUGCGCUUGCGUCGGAAAUACCGCGUGCACCCAACUUCGAAGACUGGGCUAAGUUUAAACAAGAAACUGGAAUCGAAAUAGAUAUCGAUUUUAACAAGACACCACAAGAUAUAGAUUCCUCAAAAGCGAUAGAGCGGUUGGAAAGAAUAGAAAGAGAAACGAUGCAGAGAUUAAACAACGAUGGCGACGAUUUAGAUCAAUAUUCAACGCCUAACGCCUUCACGUCAGAUCCUUCUAGAAUAUUUUCUAGAGGUAUUGCUGGAGAUUAUGAGUUGUGGAAAGAGAUGCAAGAUUUGCUAACCUGCGAUCCACCGAGUAGCGUCGAUGAUUUAUUUAAAAACAUAGUUCCGGUUGAUCUCAGACAGAGAGAAUCGGAUAACGAUUCCAUAGGAUAA